AUGACACGUGAACAAUACAUAUUAGCAACACAACAGAAUAACCUGCCAAGGACUGAGAAUGCACAACUUUAUCCGGUGGGAAUUUAUGGAUGGCGAAAGAGGUGCUUAUACUUCUUUGUCCUUCUGCUGUUGGUUACCAUGGUAGUUAACUUAGCCAUGACAAUAUGGAUAUUGAAAGUUAUGAAUUUCACUGUGGAUGGUAUGGGAAAUCUGAGAGUCACCAAGAAGGGAAUCCGACUUGAAGGUAUAUCUGAGUUUCUACUUCCAUUGUAUGUGAAAGAAAUUCAUUCCCGAAAGGAUAGUCCACUGGUCUUACAAUCUGACAGGAAUGUAACAGUGAACGCAAGAAAUCACAUGGGGCAGUUAACUGGACAGCUGACAGUAGGAGCUGAUGCUGUGGAAGCUCAGUGUAAGAGGUUUGAAGUGAGAGGGAGUGAAGAUGGCAGGGUACUGUUUUCUGCAGAUGAAGAUGAAAUCACCAUUGGAGCUGAGAAGCUGAAGGUUACAGGCACAGAAGGAGCGGUAUUCAGACACUCAGUAGAAACACCUCAUAUCAGAGCAGAACCUUCUCAAGACCUCAGGCUUGAAUCACCAACUCGAUCCUUGAUAAUGGAGGCACCUCGAGGGGUACAGGUGAGUGCUGCUGCAGGGGACUUCAAGGCCACCUGCAGAAAGGAGCUCCAUUUACAGUCAACAGAAGGGGAGAUAUUUUUAAAUGCAGACACUAUCCGAUUGGGAAAUCUACCGACCGGCUCCUCCUCUUCGUCUUCGUCUAGCUCCUCAAGUUCUCGACAGACAGUAUACGAACUCUGUGUCUGCCCCAAUGGCAAACUUUACCUUUCUCCAGCAGGAGUAGGCUCCACUUGUCAGUCUAGUAGCAGCAUCUGCUUGUGGAGCUGA